UCAAACGUAACAUACCCGCCCUGUUCUCCAGAACGAGGAGUUAGGGGAAAUUAAGUUGUUUGACAACAACUAGCCAGUAGAAAUACUUUUUAGAUCACGAGAAAAUAUUUUUGCACGAUAGUGAUGAAGUUUGUUAAUAGGUGUGGUGUAUAGGGUUAGUAUAAGUAUUACACUUCCCAAAGGAUAUUUUGUAAACAUUUCGAAGUUACCUUCUGAGCUUGGGAAAGCGGUGCAUUUUUUUCCCGUCCUACAUCCAGACUCAACUCAUCACCUUCUCAUCAUGCCUUUCCCCUUCGGGAAGUCUCAGAAGAGCCCAGCAGAGAUUGUGAAGAGUCUGAAGGAGAACGUGGCUUACUUGGAAAAGCUGGAUGCGGCAGAAAGCAAAAAAUGUGAAAAGGUUGCAGAAGAGGUGUCGAAGAACCUGUCAUCUCUGAAAGAGGUGCUGUGUGGUACAGGGGACAAGGAGCCCCAAACGGAGGCAGUUGCCCAACUGGCCCAGGAGCUCUACAACACCAACCUCCUUAUUGCUCUCAUUGCAAACCUGCAAAGGAUUGAUUUUGAGGGAAAGAAGGAUGUGGUCCAGCUGUUCAGCAACAUUGUACGGCGUCAGAUUGGCACCCGUACGCCCACGGUUGAGUAUAUCUCCUCACACCCACAGAUCCUCUUCAUGCUGCUGAAAGGGUACGAGAGUGCGGAAGUGGCUCUGAACUGUGGGAUGAUGCUAAGGGAGUGCCUGCGUCAUGAGCCCCUGGCGCGCAGCGUUCUUUUCUCUGAAGACUUCUACUGCUUCUUCCGCUAUGUAGAGCUGUCCACCUUCGACAUCGCCUCAGAUGCUUUUGCUUCAUUCAAGGAUCUUCUCACGAGACAUAAGAUUAUGUGCGCAGAUUUUCUGGAGACCAAUUAUGACAGGGUGUUUACAGAAUAUGAGAAGCUACUGCAUUCCGAGAAUUAUGUCACCAAACGGCAGUCCCUGAAGCUCCUGGGAGAGCUUCUUCUGGACAGACAUAACUUCACUGUGAUGACCAAGUACAUCAGUCGUGCAGAGAACUUGAAGAUGAUGAUGAACAUGCUGCGAGACAACAGCCGCAACAUCCAGUUUGAGGCCUUCCAUGUCUUCAAGGUGUUUGUGGCCAACCCCAACAAGACUCAGCCUGUGCUGGACAUUCUGCUGAAGAACCAGGCCAAGCUGGUGGACUUCCUGAGCCACUUCCAGACAGAUCGCUCUGAGGACGAACAGUUCUGUGAUGAGAAGAACUACCUGAUCAAGCAGAUCCGUGACCUGAAGAGGCCCCCGCCACCAGAGGAGGCGUGAGGGGACAGGCAGGGGGACGCCAGUUCAGAGGUAGAGAGUGAGAAUGAUGGUGAGAGCGAGCGAGGGAGUCAUGCUUGACAAGAAUCUAUUACUCUUCCCUUCUCUUAACUUCAAACAUAGGAAAAAUAUAUUGUACAAACUCCCUCCUCAUCCCUUUUUAAGUUUCUAAUGCUCAUGUGGGAACGGAGGUAAUUUUUAAGGCACACACAACAAGAGUGACCCAAGAACAGUUAUUUAAACCCAAGAACAGCUAUUUCAACCAAUUCGUAUGAAUCAAUGCACUUUGUCAGAUGAUGUUAUAUUGGACCUUAAACACGCCAUUAUUCUCUUAAGCACAGUAGCACACCUGAGCAAUUUCCUGGGAAAUUAGGAUACGUGGUCAACAUAAAACGGAAUAAACUCUUGACAACAGGCAGUCUCACCAAACUUUACAGGAAAUGUAAAAUGGAUUUGCAAGCUUUUAAAAGGCGAUGUCCUAUAUGAUAUUUUAGGACCUAGAAUUUUUAAAUCAAGAUAUUCUUUUGCUGGCGUUAUUCUAUAAUAGUUAACGUUUUAUUUUGUAACUAACACCACACUUAACAAAUUCCAUAAUAUCUUGGUUUAUUGCUUUAUUUAAGAGCUCUUUCAUUGAUCUGCGACUUUUAAUAUGUGGAUGACCUUAGUGGUAUUAUUAUUUGCUUGGGAUAGACACUUGGGUUGAAGUAGGUCUUUAGUUGAUAACUACGUAAUUAUCUUCAGUCCAGCUCCUAACAGCAUACAAAGUGACAAUAGAAAGCUCAAAGAUGCGAGUCCUCUGCAUCAGUUGUCCUAAUAGAAUCCAUCAGAGAUGGCAGUAAAAAAAAUAUGAAACAUGAAUCGAUGACAUUUGUGAGGUAGGAGCCAGGCUGGUAGGAGCCAGGCUGGUAGGAGCCAGGCUGGUAGGAGCCAGGCUGGUAGGAGCCAGGCUGGUAGGAGCCAGGCUGGUAGGAGCCAGGCUGGUAGGAGCCAGGCUAGUAGGAGCCAGGCUAGUAGGAGCCAGGCUAGUAGGAGCCAGGCUAGUAGGAGCCAGGCUAGUAGGAGCCAGGCUAGUAGGAGCCAGGCUAGUAGGAGCCAGGCUAGUAGACUAAAAUAGACUGUCAGAUAACGCUGCAGGGUGACCAUAGGCAGCCAUCCAUUCUUUACUCUGAUUGAUCCCAAUGUUGGCACUCUCUUUUUCCCCGCCCAGAUGCUCGCUAGUUUUAAUAUGCAGUUAGGAACUGGUGUGAGAUAGGAAGAUGUUUUUUCUUUCAGAAAUUAUCACUUAAUAAUAUUGCUUUGCAGACAACUGAUAAGAUGUAUCCUCCCAAUAAUAUUACUAACACAUCUUAUCGGACAACAAUAAUGCAACACAAAAGUAACACUAAUGUUGCAGUGCAACAGAAUCUGCCCGAGCUCUGAUACUCCUAAGAUGCUAGUAAGCGUGGGCUGACAUGAGCUGCAUGCUGUGUUUCAGGCCUCACUCUCAUGCAGUUAGAUGCACUGGUCAGGAAGCCAUUGCAGAGGCCUGUGAUUGGACCCUUUUUUUCAAUUUUCACUUAAAAUGACAUACCCAAAUCUAACCCCCUGUAGCGCAUGACCUGAAGCAGGGAUAUGCAUAUUCUUGAUACCAUUUGAAAGGAAACACUUUGAAGUUUGUGGAAAUGUGAAAUUAAUGUAUGAGAAUAACACAUUUAGAUCUGGUAGAAGAUAAUACAAAGAAAAAAAACCUGCGUUUUUGUUCCAUCUUCAAAAUGCAAGAGAAAGGCCAUAAUGUACUAUUCCAGGUUAGGCACAAUUUAGAUUUGGCCACUAGAUGGCAGCAGUGUAUGUGCAAAGUUUUAGACUGAUUCAAUGAAACGUUGUAUCAAGACUGCCCAAAUGUGCCUAAUUGGUUUAUUAAUACAUUUUCAAGUUCAUAACUGUGCAUUCUCCUCAAACAAUAGCAUGGUAUUAAUUCAAGAGUUUAAGCUUUCUGCCCAUAUCCAAUAUGUCUACUGUAUGUCCUGGGAAAUCUUCUUGUUACUUACAACCUCAUGCUAAUCACAUUAGCCUACGUUAGCUCAACCGUCCCGUGGUGGGGGGGGGGGCACUUAUCCCGUAGAAGUUAAACACAUUAAAUGUUCCACAUAAUGACCUGCAUUGUCAAACUUGAAGCCAAUUGGGAUGAUUUAUGUUGAAUCCAAAGCACCAAAUUGGCCACAUUCUCUUAAUGGGUGUUCGACUCUAUCAAUAAUUACUUUAAAAAAAAAGAGUAUCUUGAAAUGACAGCAUUUUUACCUUACCUGGUGUCACUUAAAUUGCAUAAUAACAGAUUACAAAAAAUAUAUGGUGUCUGUUUUGCACAAUUCUUGUAUAUACCUCAUGGGGUUUUGAGUUCAUAAGUGCUGUGUUCUCUACUUUCCUUGACAAUAUAUUUGAUUUGAUAUUUUGGAUAAACAGCAUUGGUUUGUAUUAUGCAUGCUAAAUAAAUCAAUGUUUUUGUUUGAACUUAAGCAGGGAGUGGGACCUGGUUUUCUCUUAGGGGAAAGACUUUAACUAAAUGUAUUUGUUGGGUGCCUCAUGUCAAUUCAUAAUGAAUUACAGGAUUGGCCCCACAAAAGUAUGAAUGUUGCCUUACUUUCAGAAUUUUUAUUUGAUUGUUAAGACCAUGUAUGUGCUCAAUUUUCUUAACCAAAGGUAAUUUGAGGUGGAAAAUAAUGCAUUUCAAGUCCCAAACAUAACGCCAACUUCACAGGCCCAGAUAAAAUUAAUUUAAAUUGGUAAAUAAUUAACUGCAAAUGUGAUAAACCGUGAAUGGAAUACUUCUGGACUAGAGACGAUAUUCUAGGACUUUUGGAAAAAGUGCAGUUUAGUACUGUAUGUUUAAUCUGGGUCACUAUAAUCAGCCCACAUACUAUUAUUUAUUGGAAUUUCAGAUCACCUGUUUUGUGGUAUACCAAGCAUUAAUCAAAAUGUUUUAUCACAACUUCAAACUGAAUAAUUUCUUAGAGGAAAUCCAAUAUAAAGCUAAAUGUUUCAGAUCAUUUUCAGACCUCUGGUUACUUGGCUAGUAUAAUAACUCAAUGGCAAUAUAAAAUUAUCAAGGCUAAAUAAUUGUUGGGUGAUUCAGAAUUUUAAAAUGUUUAUGCUUUACUUUUUUCACUCUGUUUCCAAUAGGCUUUGUGUAUCUGAUUUAUUUUUACUGUGGGAAAGAUUACAUGUGUACAUAGCUUUAUUUUAAAAGGUGAAUGUGUGGAAACAUUAAAAAAAUUUAAGACGCCA